CUCACCUAGCAGUCAAGAAGAGCACACACAUUGCUUGAGUGAAGCACAUUCAUUGCAACGAUAGUAGUCGAUAAAAAACACACGCCUCAAUACAUGCAAGUCUCACACAAGCUCUUCCUGUACCAGGUUAAUCAUAAAAUUGGUUGCUUUUACAACAAAGAAGGGGUGUUUUCCAUUUAAUAGUUUAAGUAUUUUGAACCAAAGGAUCUGAAAAAUAAAGGUCCACGAGAAGCACCAAACAAUUCUUGAUCAAGAAUAUAGAAGAUGAGCCUCACUAAAGAACGCAAACCAAAGAAACCUCACUACAUUCCUCGGCCUCCAGGAAAACCAUUCAAAUAUAAAUGUUUCCAGUGCCCGUUUACAUGCAAUGAAAAAUCACAUCUCUUUAACCACAUGAAGUACAGCCUGUGUGAAAACUCAAUUUCACUCAUUACAGACCAGGACCAAACAGGAAAAUGUCCAAAGACAAGUUCCAGUGAGACUAAUAUACUCAACCAGAAAGAUGAUGAGUCAAAUGAGUGCAAUGACACAAGGAUACCAACUAGUCAACUCAGUAAGAAUUCAGAAUGUACAAAUACUGUUUCAAAUAAACCCUCAAGUCAUCAGAUCAUCAACAAUAAUGACAUAAAAGAAAAUGCAGGAGUGGAUAAUCAAGCAUUUUCUCAUGUUCCAAAUAUGAAACCACAUCACUUAAUUCCUACAAGUGUACCUGAAAAAAUAGGAUGUUUUGAAAAGGAUCAAAGAUCCUCAGCUUUUUUGCCUGUUGGAAGUCUGAGGUCCAGUGAAAAACCCAAAAAAGUCAAUAAGGACACACAUUCUGCUUCUGAAAAUUCAAACAAUAGAACAUCUCCCAACCAAAUGAAAUCAGCAUUUUAUAGCCCAGGUGACCCGUGGAGAGCAUGUUCUUCAACUUCACCAGAAUUUUGCAAAGCAGAUAAAAGUUUUGGCUCAAUUCCUCCCAACACAUCACCUUUGAUUCCAGAUUAUACACAUUAUUACAGUGAACGAUGUGCAAGAGUCAUCUUUUCACCCUAUCUCCUCACUGGUAAGCCACCUGAACAUAACAGCCCAAAAAUUCCACUCUAUGUCUCAGCUGACCAGAGGAAUUUUCUGCUCCCUCACCUACAAAAUCCAGGCAUGGCCUUGCCAACACAUUUAGUUCCAUCAACAUUACAACAAUACAAGACUUUGCAUCAUUUGCAUUCAAAUAUUCCCAUUCCUUAUGGAAUCCAUCAUCUCAACUCAACUGAGUACCACAUGUCCCAGCUUGGUAUGAAGCUUCAACAAGGAAGUAACACCAGUAAGGAUCAAAACACACAAUCAGUUGGAAAUCCCUCAUUCUACGAAACUUCAUCACCAUCAGAACUUUAUCUCCAGAACACUCACAGAAGGCUUUAUCCACAAUGGGAAAAUUUGGCUCCUACAAAAUAUUUAAAAGAUAACAACACUGUAGAACUCGACAUGAACAGUGACUAUCUCCCACACACAACAAAUGUAAAAAUGAGCCCUACAGCAGGAAGUGCAGCAAUGGGCUCUCCUGGUCGACCUAGUCCUUCCUUUGCUCAAACAAGUACUGUUUCAGAAAAUUUUGGUGAAUUGCCAAACAAGUUUAUUUCAAGUACAAGUGUUAAAAGUAAUAGAUUGGAAGAAAAUUUUAUGCACUUCAAACCAAUCAGAAAUCCACAUGCAAAUACAUUCUACAUUCAACAUGAUCGGCUAGAAAGGCAAGGCACAGAAAGCAGAAUUCUAGCUGCCAAUGAGGAUUCGACAUCCAAUCUAACUUUUUCUAAUGUCACCAUUUUGGAUUAUGGCCAUGGUAAUUCACCAAUCUCCUCAAAUACAAGCUCCAGCAGUAUGAUCCCUUUGAACCUUUCCAAGAAGGACAAAGGAAAAACAGAGCAGGACAAGCUGUUUGGAACUAACACUAAUAAUUUGCCACAAGGCUCAAAUGAAAAUUCUUCAGUUGGCAAUGAUUGCCCACAGGAUGAAGAGUUUCAGAUUUCUAUAAAUGUUCAGGAAGUGCCUUUAAAUCUCUCUGUUAAAGCUAAGCAUAAUCAUAGCUGGCAAACAGCUGAAGGUUCCAUCCCACCACAAGUAGACAGCACUUCUAAAGAAUCAAGGGCACAAGCAAAAUACUUAAUCAGCAAUAAAUCUCUUCAUUCUGACUUGAAGAUUAAGCCAGUGGAAGACCUUAGUACAGCCAAAGAUCACAACAAAACUGGUCAAUGGAAAGAAAUUGUUGUCGGCAACCUGCAAUCUUUAAAAGUUAUGAGAAGUACGCAAAGCUGUAGUGAUGAGCAGAAACAGUCAGCUGCUGUGGCUCUUUGCCAGUUAGCUGGAUCUAUCAAUGGAAAAUAUAAUGAGGAAUGGUCUCUUUUGCCAACUGGGCAAUUUACUAGUUUGGAGGACCCCAUCUGUGAAGAUAAACACAUCGCAUUUGACAAAUUGAACAAACAACAGAAACCAAAAAGUCUAAAAAGGUCAAAUGAAGAAUCAGUUAAAACACAAUCAGAGACAACACUUGUAAAGAAUAACAUCUGUGGUAGAAUAUUCAAUUUGAGAAAGAGAACCAGAGUUGCGUAAGGUGGUACAAUUCCAAUUGAAACCAGAGUAGCAAAUUACUAAACCAUGUGAGGUUGACAAUCAUUGUUCACAUCAAGGUUUCAAAGCCUAGAUUAGUCACCAAGAAGCAUGACACACCCUAGGAUGAGGGCGUGUUUAAACUCCUCAUUGACAUUCUGUCUACGUAUAAAUGUUAUUAUACAUACUAUACUGGGUGUUGGUUAAAAGUGACAGAUUAUAGCUCAACACUAACAGUCUCUGUUUGAAGUAUCUCAGGAUCCACUGCAUUUUCAGUUGGUAUUAUUUUGUGAAAUACAGUUUGCUGAUGUCCAGAAGAGUAAGGUUCUUUGGGAUAGCAGCUCAAAUUAAAUGAAGCAAAGUAAUCAAUCAGGACCAACUAGUCUAAUUUUAAGCAACAGGGCUGCAAAUGAUACAAGCCGCAAAAAUAAACUGAAAAAUGCUGUUGGUGAUCUAAUUCGAACUCUGACAAUAAACUGGCUCUAGAUUGCUUCACACAACUAUCUCAGGUGAAAUGAGCAAUUAAGUACAUUAACUUUCUAGUUUAAAAAAAUGUAAUUAAUUCUAUGAAACAGUUUAUGGUCAAUGUGCCACAAGCACUUAAAAGAACAUUUAGAUUACUGACUAGAACUAGAAGGCAGACUUUAAUAGAAGGCAGUGAAAUCAAAUUAAUCAAAAGUAGGUGUACAAGUUAAAGAAUGGUUGAAAUUCACAAUAGUCCAGUUAACACAGGAUGCCAAAAAGCAGGUACUUCAAUCUUAAGCCCAGAGGGCUAAAUUUUUUUUUAACAUAACACAAUGAUCAUUAUUAAAGCAAACAUUUUCUUCUCUGUAUAUAUAAACCUACUGGGAUAGCUUGUUUUGCUACAAAACAUAGGGGUAAAGUAACCAGUGGUUUAUUACCAGACCAGCAAACCAAAGGCCAUGAUUAAUCCGUCAUAGAAAUGAACUAAAACCCCAACACAGCAUCUAGGGAAUUUAAAUUUAACUAAUUAGGUAAAAUCUGCAAUCAAUAGUAGUUUCAGUUAUAAGUACAACGCCUUUAGAAUUAAGUGGAAACUUCCGACUCAACUAUGUAAUGAAUAUGUGGACUACCAAUGAAAUUUUAGCACCAAAACUAAGAGGAAGGAAGAAGUACAUUCUUGUAACUGCAGAUUUUGUUAUGCAAAGUAAAGAACUUCAAUUCUGACAUUCACAUUCUUAAUUGGCAAUUGAAAUAAUCCUUUCAAAUCCAAACUGACCCUUAGCUGAUCCAGAUGAAAGGACAGGUACAAAAAUGUAUACGUACAUUAUUCCUUUGCAUUUUAUAAAUUACUUUGCAUACUGUGAUGUUUAAAAUACUGCACAUUUAGUUCUGUUUAUAUUAGUUUCAAUUGAAGCACUAGGGAAAUCAAGUCACAAGGGUUUUACAGUACAGAAAAAAUAUGGACAUUAAUUUAUAUUUUAGGGAAGCUGUUGGUGAUGGAAAUGUGUUGCGAUGUUAAUUCUUUAAUACCAUAAAUGGUUUAUGUUUUUUGUGACAGGAUUAAAGGUAAUUUGUCAAGAAAAAUAAUAACCUAUUUUAUUGCUUGUUGAACUCUCAUAACCUUUUAGUACUUAAAAUAAGAACAUACUUAUACCUUGAUUCUGUACAAAAGAGAUUGGUAUUUACUCACACCAAAAAAUGAAUAGCUUUCUUAAACCAAAAUGUGUUAACUAUAAGGAUAUCAGAGACAAAAUUCUCAAUGACCUGUAGUAUUUAAGCAGAAUAGAUAAGUCAGUCAAAAAGCCACUGCAUGAGAAUGAAGAGGAAGAUAACUGAGAUGAAAAUUUGAUUUAAAAUAUUUGUUUUAAAGUUCCUUAUUAUUGAAUUUAAAAUUAAUUUUCCAUUUUUUAAUGCACAAAUUUUGCAUUGUGGUUGAAUACUACAUACUGUCAGUUCCUGGUGCUCGGAAACCUGCCUUCAUUACAGUGUGAAUUACAAAACAACACCAAACAUUCAAAAGCCUUGAAUGUACAUAAACCCAGGAACCACAACUUCUAACUUUGUGGUGACGAUUUUACAGUUGUACACAUUAUUCAUAGAUGGUGACACAAUUACACAAAACCUCAAAGAAGAUUCUAGUUUACACAGAGAUUCAAAAUAUAAAACCAUGAUUCUGUUGAUUUUGUCCAGCACAUUAUGAAUAUACUUAAGAACAAGAGGGUACUUGUGAUGCAAUGGAGGAGCUCGUACCUCUGGAUCGGGAGGCAUAGGGUCAAGUCUCUCCAAUUCCAAAAGUGUGCAGAAAUGUCUUUGAACAGGGUGGUGAGAAAAUAUCUAUAGAAGCGACAGAAAAGAUGCAGUAUAUCUACAGUUCUUAUCAUACUUAUUUCAAGAGUAGAAGAGGCCCAGUGAAGCUUUAGUAUUAAUGAGCUAUUAUCAGGCUAAAACUGACGACUUCAACGGAGCUAAGUUUGAGGAGAUUAAUGUUGGACUAAAGGUUAGGUCUAAGUAAUUUUUAAAAUGUGAAAAGCAACAAUGUAGGUCCAAAAGAUUGAAGGGCACUUGUAUACACAUCACUCACCCACCAUAAGGUUUUUCUUAAUGUUAGCCUUCACAUCUAGAGAGUUAAAACUAAAAGGAAGGAAGUUUUGUGAAAGCUAUUGUUACAAUCUCAGAUCAGACCACAAUUUCAUAUUAUGAUCCUGGAUGAGAUCACCAAAUUACUUUACAAUCUGAUUUGGGACUAGUAUACAGGGUCCAGGGACUAAUACUUUAUUUUUAAGUAGACAAAAGUUAACUUCUGAAUGCAUUAUUAGAAAUAAUACCUAAAUAUACAAUAUUAGAACAAUAUUACUAUCAACAAGAACACACUGCUGAGACCCUUUGACUAGGAAAGAGGCCUACUACAGAAACACUGAGCUUUCCCUCUACCUGAGGGGCAAGGGUAGCCUGCUGAGCUCCUCCACCAAACCCCAACUUUUGCCUUGACCACCUGCGCUCCCAACCUACCAUGACCACUCAAUUGUAGGGUCCUGGGGAGUGUUGUCGAAUGAAGAGACCUUAGUGUUCAGGUUCACAGUUGUUUGAAGGUCGAGUCACAGGUAGACAAGGUAGUGAAGGUGGUGUUUGGUACAUUUGCCUUUAUUGGUCAGUACAUUGAGUAUAGGACUCGGGGCGUCAUGUUGCAGCUGUACAGGACAACGGUUAGGCCACUUUUGGAAUGCUGCAUUUUCUAGUCUCCUAGUUAUAAGGACGAUGUUAAACUUGAGAGAGUGCAGAGAAGAUUUACAAGGAACUUGCUGGGGUUAGAAAGUUUGAGCUAUAAGGAGAGGC